UAAAUUAAUCAAUAAUAGAAAACCAUGAGGAAAAGGCGUUUCAGAAAACGGAGCUGUCCACGCCCAGCCUUGAAAUUUGGGGGUGGCAAGCGUUAUUGAGGUCACGGCGCUCUAGAGUUGCCUUGCUUUGUUGCAUCCCCCAAAUGCCCCGGCCGAGGGAUUCCAAAAUUUAAUGUUAACAGCGUGGCAGCCCAAGGUAACUUUGCUGAGAGAUGGCGGAGCAGCGUCAGGACGUCACCGUGAUGGAAGAUCACGCAGCUGGCCAGGAGAAGCACAUCCCAUCAGGCUAUCCCCUUCAGAUACCAGUCGAUGAUGGAUCGGAUGAGCCUGUUUCUGAAACAUCUGACGCUAAGAGCACCCCAACUACGGAAGAUGCCACAGCACCUUUAGUGGAGGAAGGAGACCACGAGGAUCAGGGUGGUGUCGAACAGCACGGGGAGAUCCCAGAAGGAACCACAGCUGAAGAGGCAGGCAUAGGAGCCACACCCAACCUGGAGGACCACGCUGCAGGAGAUGCCGCUCAAGGGGAGCCAAGCUCUCCAAAGCUACAACCUGGCCCUCAGGAGCGUGUGGGAGAUGCAAUAAAAAGAGAAAGCCAGCCCACAAAGCAGGUAGCUGGCGUUCUUCAGCAGCCUCUUCUGUCGCAUGAAACGAAGGCUACAACGGCAGCUCCUACCAGAAUCGAGGUCACCAUCCCAAUACCCCUGGAUAUGUACCAAGACUCCAGAGCAUCUGAAGGCAACAAUGAGUUGUGGGAUCAUCAAGGCAGAGAAGGCAUUGGUGUGGAUCCAGCACUGGGAACAGAGCUAGGUCGUGAUGUGCGCACUGAGGGGUUGGUAGGAGCAGGUGGCACAGAUGACUCCCAUAUUAAAGAUGGGCCAUCUCCUUUAUAUACCAGAGCUCCAUUAAAAGAAGAUGCUAGUGGACGGGAAAGAGAUGAGGACCGUGAUAUUGAUGAAACUUCUGAACAGGAUUUGCUUUCCCUGGUGGGAAAACACGUUUCAUCAGAACCUGAAAUGGGCUUGUGUCCAGCAACAGCCAAGAAAGCUCUUGAAGAAUAUGCCUUUGAAGAAAACGAGUCCAAAGAUGUUCUCAGAGACAUCCCAAGGAAGGCAAUUCUUGUUGAAACUGAAUCACAUAAAGCAGGAGAGGACCAAGAGGAGAGGAGACAGCCAUUGAAGGGGGAAGAAGACACACAUGUCACCCCACCAGAGCCUUCUGAAAUCAUCUCCGAGAAAGAAGCUGAACCCAGGGAGGGAGAAGAUUCUAGACCCUUGCUAGAAACAGCCAAACUCCCUGUUGAGUUAAAAGACGACAUGGAAGACAAAGAUGGUCCUUUGGAAGAGGCUGUGCCGGAUACAGGAGGACGCCGGACACCCAAGAAGAAACCCUGUGCUCAUGUUGCAGAUAAAGCUGUCAGUCGUGUCCCUCUCCUAAAAGGUCGUAUUGACAGCAAAGACAAGGAAGGGACUGAAGCUGAGGAAAAGAAACCGAAGAAAUCCUCACCUUCCACUGCCAAACCCCCAGGCGAUAGACCCUCCAUCCCCCCCCAACGACACACCUCCUCUAGCACAACCCCUUCGAAAACACCCACCAGCCCUGCUUCCACCUCUAAACGAGUCUCUUCUGUCACAUCCCGACCUGGCAGUACAGGAAUGCAAGAAACGAAAGCCAAGGGCCCGGAGAUGAGAGGUGGCACGAAGACGGCCACGCCGCGAUCUGCAGCUGGGCAGGCUCAGAGGAACUCGACCAAUGCCACGCGCAUCCCGGCAAAGACGCCCACGGCCCCCAAGACGCCUCCCAGCUCCGGCAGAAAGGAGCAGAAAAAACCACCUCCUGCAGCAGCAAAGUCUGAGAAAGGUGAGCAGCCAAAGUCUGGAGACAGAAGCGGUUACAGCAGUCCCGGCUCCCCCGGGACUCCAGGCAGCCGUUCCCGCACUCCCUCUCUGCCCACCCCACCAGCCAGGGAGCCCAAGAAGGUGGCAGUGGUUCGCACACCACCGAAAUCUCCUGCUUCUGCCAAGAGCCGCAUCCAGCCGUCAGCCGCACCCAUGCCUGAUCUGAAAAAUGUGAAGUCCAAAAUUGGCUCAACUGAAAACCUGAAGCACCAGCCUGGAGGUGGCAAGGUGCAGAUUAUUAAUAAGAAGCUGGACUUUAGCAGCGUUCAAUCCAAGUGUGGCUCAAAGGAUAAUAUCAAACACAUCCCAGGAGGAGGCAGUGUGCAGAUUGUUAAUAAGAAGUUGGACUUUAGCAGCGUUCAAUCCAGGUGUGGCUCAAAGGAUAAUAUCAAACACAUCCCAGGAGGAGGCAGUGUUCAAAUUGUUUACAAGCCAGUCGACCUGAGCCAUGUGACAUCCAAAUGUGGUUCCCUGGGCAACAUCCAUCACAAACCAGGUGGUGGCCAGGUGGAGGUGAAAUCUGAGAAACUGGACUUCAAAGAUAAGGUGCAAUCGAAAAUCGGGUCCUUAGAUAACAUCAGCCACGUCCCUGGAGGAGGAAAUAAAAAGAUUGAGACUCAUAAGCUGACUUUCCGUGAGAACGCCAAAGCCAAGACCGACCACGGCGCUGAAAUCGUCUACAAGUCCCCCACCAUCUCCGGAGAUGCCUCCCCGCGCCGCCUUAGCAACGUCUCCUCCACCGGCAGCAUCAAUAUGGUGGACUCCCCCCAGCUCGCCACGCUAGCCGACGAAGUGUCUGCUUCGCUGGCCAAGCAGGGCUUGUGAUCGGGGCACGGCGGGCAAAGAUGAGAGAAGACAAGGGAAAAAAAAAAAAAGAAAAGAAACAAAAAUAAUAAUCUGGCCUUCUUCCUCUGUUCCUUUUACAGCUGCUUCCCCAUCCCCUAACUGGUUAAUGAUUUAACCUGCUUUUACUGUUCAUUCAGCUCUAGCUCCAGGACUUCAAAAUCAGUGACACUAUGAGGUACAAAACCUCCUCUCCCCCUGCUCCUCGGAGCGCACAGCCCAUGCCCGUCCCCCUCUCCCUCCCUCGUCCCCCUGCGAGGUCCCUCGGUGUCCCAGCCCUGCCUGGGGCCGCCCGCCCUGGGAAAGCGGGGAGGGGGAUAGAGGGGACAGCCACAGCACGACGCUGACCCGAGCACCCCACACCGCAGCACAGGGCAGCGGGAGGUCCUCACGGGGAGGGGAUGUGACCUUCCCACGCUCGUUACCCUAACGAUGCCCGGGCUGGAGAUCUGGCCUGCAGGCAGCAGAGGUAGUGGGUGCUGCAGCCAGGGACUGCAGGGAGGUGCCCUCCCUUUCUGCAUUAAAUUUGCCUGCUGAUUUGGAAGAAACCUUUUGUUUUUACCUCCGAAAGCCGAGAUGUGUAUGAAGAUAACUGCCAGGUAUCCCCUAAACCCGCUCUCAGCUCCGGCAGCUGGAGUACUGGCGAGGCCGGGGUAUCCCAUUGCGGAAGGGGCCCCGGACGGCCGUUCCCUUCUCCGUGGCUGUGCUGGAACCGCUGAGUGGAUGAGUAGAGGCUUUUCCCUAUUCCUUUGGCAGCCCCUCGUGUCGUAGAGUAGAUUUGUCUGUAUAUGCUUGGACCGUGCCAGGGUGAUUGUUUUCAUAAAUGAGCAUGUGUUUAAAAAAAAAAAAAAAUGCUGUAAGUAGUUUUGAGCUGCCCCGCGCCGGCUCCGCCACAGCCCAGCGAGGAGGGUCCGAGGGGGGAGCUUUGCCGAGCUCCGGGUUGUGCCCAGACCUGGCGCCGAUGGGGCAGCCCGGCACCGCAUGUCUGCCGGGUGCGUGGGUGGGCACAGAGCCCCUGCCUUGCUCCCUGGAGAGGGCCGUGGGCUGUGGGGGGGGGGGCUGCGCUGGGGCUUCCCAGCUCUGCGCUGCUCCCCCGGGGCUGCACGCCUCCCAGGGCCCGGGGUUGUUCUAUGAGGGGCACUCGCAGCUCCAGCGCUGGGAUGGCCCCUGGGUUUGGGUGCAGCUUGUAACAUUUUUGGGUUGUUCUUUUUUUUUUCCCCUGCAAGGUCAGCUAAGAGAUCGCGGAAGUGGCAGCUCCAUGGCUCUGCUGUUCUCGUGCCGUUGGCAGCGGUAGGAGACACCCGGGAGGACGCGAGGGGAAGGCGCGAGGGCGGUUUUAGCUGGUGUGUGGUGGCAGCUCCCCCAGGUCCCAGCCUGCGCUGGGGGGCCAGAGGCUGCUCCCUGGCACUGAACCCCCUCCCCGGGUGCUCUCCUGGUUUGCAUUUGCAGCAUGUUACCCCUCAUAGCGUCUCCUUCAGACAGCGCUAACCAACCCCCAGCACCACACAGGGGAAAAGAGCUGAUAUACUGAUUUUCUUUUGCUGCUUUUGUUCCUGUGGCAACCUAGGGAGCGUGAGGGGGUGGCCCGGGGCUGUGCUGCACCCGUGGCCGUCCCCUUCCUUCUACAACCAAAGAGGCUGAGGUGCGAUCAGUGCAGCUCAGCGUGCGUCCUCCCUCCCCGUCUCACCCCGAGAGGCACCGGCCGAGCGGUGGGAUAUUGCUGGCAGUGGCGGUGAGGGCGGCGGGGAGGUCCGCAGACCAUGCACCCCGUGGGCCGUGCUGCAGGGAAAGCCGUGCUUUCCCAGCAAGGGGCCGAAAUCCUGGUCUGACUGGGUCAGCGGGGGGGGGGGGGGGGGGGGGUGUCUCGCUGGAGCACAGGUUGUCCUUGGGAUGGCGGCUGGGUGCCACCAAGGCAGUUUCAGCAGCUGUUAAUUGGGGCAGAGCAGGGGUUCCUCCCCGGACAGGGCCCGCUCCCAUCCUUGGCAGGAGCCGAUGAACCUGCCACGCCGCUGCGGCCUCCGCUCGGCUCCACCGGGUUCUCCCGCGCGGCGCUGGGCCGCUGCUGCUGCAGGCGGGCUGGGCGGCAGCCCAAGCCGGAGGCCCGUCCGGCGCCGGAGGAAGACGGUUGUGUCUGGGGGAGAUGGUGGUUUUCUCUGCAGCCCCAGGAGCUGCUUUACUGCUGGGGAGAGGCUGGUCCAGCACCAACACGAACAGGUCAAGCGAAAGCCCACAUCCAGCUUGUCACUCGCUCCGUUUCAGUUGACUCUAUGAUUGUAAGACUCUGUACUCCAGUCUGUGACUAUCUUUGUAUCGGUGUAGGAUGUAGGAGCCGCUGCGGUAUUUUUGUCCUCUGUAAAACGAGCAAGUGGGAGAACCACCGAACGCCAGUCACCCCUUUUAACCCUUUUCGGCUGCAGGACGGUGUGUAGCUGAGCUUGCCCGUCCUGGCGCUGCCCCGUGCCAUCCCCCCCGGCCCCCUGUGCAGCUCCUGAGGGUCACCAACGCCCCGGGCCAGGGGCAUCCUUGGCGUGCGGGAGAGCUCCAGUGAGCGGUCCCUUCCCGCUGCCAAUGUCCUCAGCUGAGCGCGCAUCCCCAGCCCCGACUGCCAUCCUCCUCGCACCCCCGUCCUCCCCCGCGGGGGGCUGCCGGGGGGGUCCCGGGACAGCCCUUGCCAUCCACCGCGUCUCCCGCUGUUCCCUUCCAGCAGCCCGAGCCACGUCCCCAGCCCCGACGUUCAGACCCAGGCCUGAGGGUUACCAUGAGCAGCUGGACAGACUGACCCAUGGCUUUUCCUUUACUCCACACACAUCUUGGUCUGAAAAGGGUUAAAACCGGCACUGACUCGAAAAAACACGUGUUUCUGCACUCAAAAAAAUAAUACGCUUGUUAAAUGAACUUCCAGUGUCAGACUGCCGGUGGUGCUGGCAGCCCCGUGUCCCCUGCGGUGCGCUGGGGAGGGGAGGGAAGGUUUGAUCUCAGUGUAUCAUUCUAGCUUAGCUUCUGUCUGUGAAUGUCCAUAGUGUAUCGUGCGUUUUAACAACUGGGUUACACUGUUGCCGUAAAAGUGAAUUUGGAAAUAAAGUCAUUACUACGAUAAA